AUGAAUCUCUUGGACGAGAGCGAAUUACGCCGUCUUGCCUACCUCGACCCAAGCGAGCAGUGCCUCAACAAGCUGGAUAACUUGACAGUCGACGAGUUCAGCUACUGCUUACAUUACGACUUGAUAUUUCACAGGUUCAUGGGCUAUGUCGUGGGGGUCCCAGGUGGUACUCCAGAAAUGGUCGCGUAUUGGCUCAUGAAGAGAUGGUCAACAGAGGCACGUGAGUGGGAAGAUAAUCCACAGAGCUUUGCGUAG